AUGAGCUUUUGGGACUCAGGUCCGAUGCCAUCAUGCCACCGAGAGCCAAUAGCAAUAAAGAAAGCAGGCAAAGAAGUCGCGCAUUCCCCGAAACUCAACGGCAAAAAAGGAAAACAUCCCGUCAUUUCUUCAACGCCUAUUCUGAUUGCAUAUCCCUACUCCAUUGUACGAUUAAACGACGAUUUGGUUUGUGCGCUUGCAUGGAAAUUUAUCACAAGGAUUGAGGAAGCUGCUGGGCUUGUCGGUGGAAGACGCCACAACACCCUGAAAAGUUUCCUUGAAUCCAUCCCCUGUUAUGCGUGUUAA